CCGUUUGAACAGAGCAAACCGGGCAGGCGGAGGUCGCCUGAUCUUCCACCGAUCUUGACGUUGCCAUGAAGCCGCCUCCGCGGAAGGGGGCUGCGGCCGCUGCUCAAGAGGAGAGGUGGAGGAAACUGCAAGAAUAUUUAGCAGCCAAAGGAAAGCUAAAGCGACCCAGUUCCAAACCAUACUUAAAGGACAGGAAUAAUCAGCAGAACCUGGUUCCUUCCAAAUCAGAUCCUACUGCCAGAUGUAAAAAAGAAAUCCUAAAGAAAACAGAAAGUGAACAGAAGAGGGAGGCAAAAUAUUCAGUCCUUGCUGGCCGGGUUCGGCAGAGCAGAUCGUCUGGUGCUUCUGUCUCUCAGAAGUCCCAGAAUGUACCUUCACAGCUGCUAAGAAAGGAUCCACUCUGUCCCCUUCCCUCAAAGGCCUCUGCUGAAAAUCUCUUUGGGAAACGGAGUAUCACAACAGCCUCCUCCAGGCAUAGUUUAUGCCAAGCAAGAAAAUCUAAAAAGUUGGAGCCAGUCACCAAACCACAGACUCAACCACACUUGCAGACUGCAAAAAGUUUCAUGCACCCGGACAACCCUGUGGAGAAUUUGCAAGAAAAAGCGAAUAAAGAGAACUUGGAGGCCAACGCUCCUCUGAGCCCUGACCUCCUAUCUGGGUCCCAAACAGUGAACAGCAAGCCAGUUGUGGGCUUUGAUUCACGAGGCAGCGUGCCUGGGAAAAAGCAAGCACGUUCUUAUCAGGUUGUUAAGUCAAAGGUACAGAGUAACCCCAGAAGGCCUUCAGCUAAUCUCAAAGGGGCUGAUCUUCAGAAACGAGUCCUUGGAGUGUCAGGGGUACAGACUUUAUUGAAGGUUAGCCAGUCAUCUACUCCUUGGAGGGCAGAAAUUAAAAGCCAGGAUCUAAAUCCCAGAGCAACAAAGCAAUGUAUGUCUGAGCAAAGAACAGAGAAUGCGGCACAGUCGAGGACAUGUAGAACCCCACAUACUCUUCAGAGGGGACAAUCAAAGGACCAGUGGGCAUGUGAGAAGCCGCCAGCAUGUGAGAAGACUCAGCAUGUGAGAAGGCGUCCAAGCAGUUCUCAUGCCAAAGCAAACCCCUCAGCAACAGAAUUAAGAGGAAAACGGACUCUCUCUUUGGCUGCAUGGGAGGAGACCAGCAAGUGUGGAAGCCCAGCAAGAAGGAACCAGAACAGUAAGAAGCUCCAGCCAACACCCAGGACUCCCAACUUGAAACCCAGGCCUGCCAUCUCUUCGGAUUGCAGAGCAAGUAAAACCACUGACGCUCCAAGAUGUGGGGAAAGCAAGUCAAGGCAGCUGGGGAUGGGAAUGGGUCAAGAGCCCAAAACCCCAUGUACACAGGAUCGCAGGAAGCUGCUAGAACAGUGGCUAAAAUCUCAAGGGAAAUCCUACAAGCGGCCAUCAAUGAAACUGCCUGCUGCAAAGCCACGGAAGAAAAGGGAGACCCUGAACCAGUCCUUCUGGAGUGGCCUGGGGGAAGAGGAGGAGCGAUUGGAGAACAGCUUGAGAGAGAAGAUCUCAAGUACACUGACAAAGUGCCUGAGGCUUGCUGAUGAGGGAUUUGCUUCAGAGGAGAUCCUAGCCAUGCUUUCCCAGAUCCCAGAGGCAGAGAAGUUUGCCCAGUUCUGGAUCUGCAAAGCAAAACUGCUGGCCAGACACAGCGCGGCUGACAUAGUCGGGCUGUACGAAGCAGCGGUCCGUGCCGGGGCUGCCCCACUGCACAAAUUGAAGGAGGUUGUUGCUGAGCUUUUGAAGAAUCCAGACACAACAGGCCAGGUGAUCCCCACUCAAGCCAGUCUUCUCCCUGACAUGGACCAGGUUGAAAUGAGCCCCCAGAGAACUUUGCAAUGCCAGGCUUGCAAGCCAGCCUCGGGCAUCAAGCUACAAGUGGUCCCACUGCACAGAACAAAAGAGCACUGGAGAGGGCCAGAGACAAAGCUCUUGACUCCGGUGCGGCGUUCCCUGCGGAUUGAAGGUGCUACUGCUUGCUACCCACAGAUGCUGAAGGACCACGACACAGUAGUGUCUUCCCUCAAUGAACUUACAGCCACGGGUCAUGGAAGCUUCUUUGUGUUCCGUAAAAAUGAAGCUUUGCCAGAGGACAUGGAAAUGGAGUUCUUGAAGUCAUGACUGUACCCCAGCCCUAAACGUGCCUCCAUACUUACGCAACAGAACAACGAAGUCAAAAUUUCCCCUAACCUCCUUCCCAGGCCCUCGGUUCUGUGUUUCUAAAAACCCGGCACAUGGUGUUGACUGUCCCUCUUUCCUCUUACAGCUGUGCAAAUACAUUGGAAACAUAAACAAACCCUCAUAAAAUAAUUAUAACUUUCA